AGCAUUGAAGUGCAAACGAUGCCCGCCCACACAGACACACCCACGGGGGGAUUGGGAAUUGUAAGGCAGCCAAGCGCCAUGCUGCCAGGAUGCCAGGAUGCCCGGCUGUCGAGCUUCCAUGCCAAAACCAAACCAAGCCAUGCCAUGCCAGGCUAUGCCAUACCAUGCUGUACCCUGCCCGUGCCACCAUCCUAUCCAGUGCCGUAGUUGGAGCACUCACGCAAAUUUCAAUUUUUUUCACACCACUGCUCCGUGCUCUGUUUGCGCCCCUUGUGCCCCCCGCUACCCAGAGUCGCUGCCAUAUUGUGGCCAUGCCUUUGCGCAGCCGACAAAGGUGUCGGAAGUGGUAUUCUUCAGACUAAAGCUGUUUUACCACCUUCGGUAUCUCAGGAGAGCACAAUCAUCCAUUGAUAAAUUUAGUCCUAAUAGCUUUUAAAUUAGUUUUAUUUUUGUGUCUUACCCUUAAUCAUGCUAGAACUCGAAGUUUUUUAUUUUUUUUUUAUUUAUAUUUUGCGACUGUUAUAUUCAGUUCGAUUUGAACGGAUUUGUCGGUUGUUUCGAGCCGUCAUGCUUUCGUUCUUGGAAGCACGCGCCAGCACACAUACACACAGACACCCACCCAAACACUCGCACUUGAACACACACACAGGAGCACCAAUAUAGGCGGAGUGGAGCACUAUGGGGAAUUUGACCUGAUUUGUUAGCAAAAAUGUGUUUUUAAAAAUAUAGCAAAGUUUCAAAAUUCGCUUUCUUAACGGACUUAGAAUUGGUCAAAGGUUAAUGUUAUGUAACGCAAAUGUAAAGUUAACAGUCCAAUUUUACAAAAUAACAGCUGUAAAGUCAGCUGUUGCAAAUAUAAAGCACGUGGCAUCGGUGAUUCUCCUUUUGUUAGUUAUCGACUUUGGAGAAGGACUGACACCUUGAGCACCAUGUGUUUCAAUGUACUGGGCGUGAGCAAUCUUCUACCCGAUUGCAGCAUUGCAAACCAGGUCCAUCUGUACUCUUUGCUGCAGCAACUCCAGAACCAGGAUCGUCGUCCGGAGGAAGUGAGUGACGAGUUGCGGGAUCGCUACAACGUAUUCCGCCAGGUUUUGCCCAACUACCCGGCACCGGAACAGCCAGACGACGAUCUGCUAAUAUUCGUUGAUGAGUUGUUCCUGGACCAGCCUAUUGCAUCGACCUUCACAGACAUUGAAUCAUCCGGCGGGGAGACCUGCGAAUCCAGUCUGGAUAGUGACUCCGGGCAGAUCGGCAUCGGGAUGGACCGUCACCAUUAGACCACAUUCAUUUAAAAAGUGAAAUUAUGUCUUUCGUCAAUUCCCAAGUGAAGGAGUUGCGUUAAACUUAAUGAAAGUAAAACGUGGCCAUUAAAUGUUCACGACAAUAAAAAUGGAAAAUCCAGCAUAAAAUUA